UCUUAGCAACGGCUACUGCCUUUCCGUUAGUCUCAAGAGCUGUUACACCUCGUACCUCUGGGAUUGUCCAUGGAGGACGUAACAUUAGACGCAAGCAACCUCUUUGCAUCAGAGGGUGACAAUGCAGUUCUGGACACAGACGUGUAUGAUCAGGAAGGCUAUGAUGUCCCAGAUCCUGGGGUGCUCUCAGAAAGGCAUGAAUUGGGUCUGGACGAGGCACCACAGGCCCUGCAGCUCUUUACAAAUAGCCAGAGGUGGCGGAAAAUGACACUGCGUUCCCGAGCCCGCCUGCUGUGGCUGCAUCUACGCACAUACCUCCAUGACAUUGUAGAAAAGGAGAAAAGAGCAGAGCUGCGAGUCACUCGGAUGACACACGGGCUGGAGCCACUGCGUCGUCUGAAGGUGGCAGCUGGUCUGCGCUCAGUAGCGCAGGACCCAGUGGGUGGACGCUUCAUGGUACUAGACGGUGAAGGUUACCUACAUCAGCAUACCAAGGAUGGCUGGGUGCAGGCAAAGCUGCAGGCGCCUGUGGUGCUUAACGGGCUAGUGACUGUGCCUGGCCCUUUGGGAGAAGUGGGCCGCUUUGUAGGCUGGGGCCCAGCUGGACUGUCCAUAUUAGGGCCAGACUUCCACCUGCUCUGGCUGAGCCUGCCACAGGAGAACAAGAUGCUGGGCCAGGAGCCUCUGUGUUGCUUACCAGUGCCCAGCCUGGGACUGUUGCUUGUGGCCCAGGUGGGAGGCAGCCUGGAGCUCUGGAAGUUCCGAUCAGGGGGUCGCCGCCUGGUGUCCUGUGGCUCACCUUUGCAACCACCGCCAGGCUUGUCUGGCUCUCUCAAGAGGCUGGCACUAGGGCCGGAAACUGACCACGGCACCCAGCAUUGCUUUGCUGCCUAUGGCUCGGCAGUGCUCACUUUUGAUCUGGACACCUGGUCGCUAGUAAAUGUGUGCCAGGAUCUGCAUAAAACAAUCAUCUCAGACCUGGAAUACUGUGAGGAGGUAGAAGCCAUGGUGACAGCUUCCCGGGACAGUACUGUGAAGGUGUGGGAGGCUGACUGGCAGAUCCGGAUGGUGUUCGUGGGCCACACAGGCCCAGUGACAGCUAUGACAGUGCUCCAGAACACCUCGCUAGUAGUGUCCGCCUCACAGGAUGGAACGCUUCGCACAUGGGACCUGAGGGCCGCAACUCAGGUGGGAGAGGUAACACUGGGUUGCUGGAACCAAGACAUAUUAUCCGAGAGAGUGAGCCGUUUGCUGGCUCCUGCAGCUCCUGGCUGGUCGGUGCUCUCUCUGUUCUCAAAAAGUGUGGAGCUGUGGCGUGUGCGUGACCUCUAUUCGCCCUUAGCACAGCUAUCCGCUCCAGUGCUUCACGUACAGGUGGCGCCAGUGCUGCCCACACCAGCUGAGCCGCCUCUGCCCUCUCGCCUUGUAUGCGCUUGUGCAGAUGGGUCGGUCUACCUGGUGUCAGCUGCUACGGGACGAACUGUGAGUUCAUUGCUGCUGGAACCGGAGGACUGUGCUGCUGGGGUGGCUUAUUGUUUGUCUCGAGAAGCUCUGUGGGUGUUGACACGCUCAGGGCACCUACUGCGCGCCAACGCAGCACGCUGCCCCAUGGUCGUACUGCACCGCCUGCGUCCGUCUCCACCCCCAGCGCCCCAGCCCUGCUGUCUGCACCUCUACAGCCAUCUCACAGACCCUCGUAGUGCAUUCAGUUGCUGGGAGAUUGUGCGCCACAAUCAGGGCGACACGCUCCGCAGUGCCAUUGCCUGGUCCUGGAAAAAUAAGAACAGAUUCUUACCAAUGAUAGGGCACUCAGACGGCACACUGUCUGUUCUGGAUUGGCGCACAUCAGUGACAGUCUUUCUUACAGAAGCGCACAGUCCAGAACCAGUGACUGCUAUUGGGUCCACCUGGAACAGCAUUGUGACUUCAGGUGGCGAUCUGACGGUAAAGAUGUGGCGUGUGUUCCCGUAUGCCGAGGAGAGUCUGAGCCUGUUACGCACCUUUUCCUGUUGCCACCCGGCAGUAAUGCUCUGUGCUCUGGGCAAGCGCAUCACUGUAGGCUUUGAGGACCCAGAGAGCGCCACCUAUGGCCUGGUGCAGUAUGACCUGGGUGACAAAAUGCGCAGUGACCACCGGCCACAGGAUGACCCUACGGACCACAUCACUGGACUAUGCUGCUGCCCUACCCUCAAGAUAUAUGCGUGCUCCAGCCUGGACUGUACCAUCCGAAUCUGGACCUGGGAGAACAGGCUGCUGCGGCUCCUGCAGUUGGAUGGUCCCCCUCAGGCCCUGGCCUUCUCCAACAACAAUGGAGACCUGGUAUUCGCUCUAGGUUCCCGCCUCUGCCUGGUGUCCCACAUGCUCUACCUACCUACAUCCUAUCUAGUUGAGAAAUUGUGUCAGAAGUCCCCUGAGGUGGUGAAUGACCCUCCGCUGCCGCUGAACAGCCAGAAGCCACUGACAUUCUCCCAGCUGCAGAGGCUUGCCAGCCUCCAUGGAGCAGCCAGCCUCAGUGUGACCUUGCCCUUCACCUAUCACCAGACAGAAACAAUUCAGCAGCCAGUGUUGAAGGAGGACUUGAAGGAUCUCAUAGCCCGGGAUCAAGACCUUCAAGAACUGAGGCAAGGACUGGUGGUCCCGUCACCCCGGCCCCAACUCUCCUGGAAGAUGCGCCAGGAAGCCUUUGACAGUUACUUACAUCUGAUCUACGGUUCUGACCUGCUGGUGGGUAUGGGAUCAAUCCCAGGCCCUGGCAUAACCUUCACCCUAUUUGACACAGACUUCGUGUUUGCUUGUUUGUUUGUUUUCCUGUCCCAGGACAUAAAAUCUGAAAGGGAGUUCCUGCAGUGGGGCACUGCGGGCUCCAUCACAGAGAAAGAGACUCAGGACAUGGGGAUCCAGCCAGGAGCUGCUACCAGUGGUGGGCAGGCUACAUUAAGCACUGACGUUCAGCCAGUGUCCCCACCUUCAGCCCCCCACACCCCAGGAGCCCCAGGCAGGCGCUUUGCCCGCCCUCCCCGUGUCUCCUUGCCCAUUCCACCCACUCACCGGACAGUGCAUAGCCAGGCAUCCCAGCUUCUAGCACGUUCCUCGCUGAGCUGUGAGCUGGGCCUCAGUUUGGAUCUGCAGCUGCGGUGGGAUUCGUUUGGAAAAAAGAUCAUGGACCUGAACACAUCACCUGAUUACCUGAAGAAUAGGGUUCCACUGUUGCUGCACAGAAGGCCCCGAGAUCCUCUCUCAAAACUAGGGGGCUUCUUUCCUGCCACCAUACAGCCCCACAGGAAACGCACUCGGCCCAUCAGCUUUCCUGGCUGCGUGCCCAACUCUGUGAUAGUGCGGCAAAUGUGGCUGCAGGCAGAGGUCAGCUGCCUCGGCUCCCUAGAAGAACUCACCCAGGACAAAUUCAAGUCACUUGGAGGCAAGAAUGACGAGUGGUUGAAGCGCCGAAAGCAUUCUGGCAGGUGGCGAAAGAAACUGAAACUGCUCUAUUGGCUUCAGAGCUCAUGUAAGAGGGGGGAAGGAGAGGACUACGAAGAGGAGGAUGAAGAGGUGGAGACAGAGUGGCUCUCCCCUUCUCCAACUACUGAAGAGCAUCUAGAAGCAGACACUCAUAGUUCCAUGGACUUGACCACAAAACCUCAACCUGCAGUCACCCAGACCCAAGUGGCUCCCCACCAACACAAGCCUGGGCGCUCACUCUUGGAAGAGCGCUAUGGGCAUUUGCCCAAGUUCCUGCAUCAGUUUGUUGUUCAGAACUGGUUCAAAAAGCUGUUCCCUAUCUUUACCCUGGAGGCCUAUCCAGAGAUGGGCACCAUAGAUGGCUUGGCUUCAGUGUUUGUGGACUUCCUGCAACAAGCUACCUGGGCAGAAAGAGUACAUAUUCUAAAUGCCCUGCUGAGGCUGUUUCCUGAGAUGAGCAGUGAGCUCCACAGCCGGCUGCAGGCCAAACUCUUGUACUUGCUCAACCAAGACCAGCCCCCUAGCCUCCAGGACAAGAUUCAGAAGCAGUUUGUGAUGCUGGCGCUGCAGCUGCUCCUGGCCUGCACCCUGGAGGUCCUUGAUGUGGUUUUGGAGAUCCUGACCUACUACCUCUACUCGCCAGCCAGUUUUCACCAAGAACUCAUGAAUCUGCUAGUUGUGCUGGGCCUCAAGGACCCACAGGGCUUCCUGUUCAAGGAGUUGGCAACCUGGUCUGAGAACUUCAACCUUGACUCCAAGGCCAAUAUACGCACACAAUGUCAACAGAAGCUGGAGGAGAUGAGUCUUCAGAUGACUAACUUGGAGCAGUCUGCAGCCAGUGCUUCUACGGAACCUCCCAGGGAGGUCUCCUCGCAAGCCUCCCUUGCCUCUGGGGCACUCCUGCCUGCCUUGAGCACCUCUUGGCUACCCUCCCAGGCAUCAGAAGUCUCCUUGCGUGUUCAAGAGCUGAUGGUGUCACCUGUGCCUUCAGUUUUGGAGCCCGUGUUAUCAUCCAUGCUAGAUCUCCGUGCUGCAAGCAUUAAGGCACAUUCUCGCAUGCGGUCAACCAAAAGAGUCUUCGCUGAUACACUGCGGGCCUUCUGUUCUGUGACCCAGGACAACUUGUGUGUUCCUGUGUCCCCUGCAGUAAAAAAAGGGUCACCUCCACUGGAGGAGACAGAAUGGUCACACUCUCAGAUACUGGACCUUUUUUAUAUUGAUGUGCUUAAUUUCUUCUGUGAGAAGCACCGGACACGGCAGCAGAGCUUGCUGGAGGAGGAGGAAGAGGAGCGCUUACAUGUCUCAGGCUUAAGCCAGCUACGGCCCAACAUUGUGGUGCGGCCGCCCCGGGAUCGCUGGUGCGCAUUGCUGUGGGCCUGUCAGGUUGACCCUGCGUGGGCUGCAGAGGAAGGUCUGAUUGAAUCCUCUUCCUUCUUCAGGCUCUAUCCCAUUUUUCGGCUGCAGGAGACCAGGCAACCAAGCUUUGGGAUGUUUCUUAGGGGUCACAGGCUGUACCGCCAGGGCCCAGCUCGUGGUGAUGGCUCUCUUCGGGUGCUGAAGCUGCCACUGCCACGAGUGGAGUUGCAGCCUUUUCCCCCAGGUUGGCCUGCACCCCCACGGGCGCUGCCCCCACUGCUCCUCCAACCUACACUGCAACGCUACUUUCUGCCCCAAGACACAAACCCUAACAUCUACGGUUGACCUGGGGGACAGAUAGCCAAGGUUCCAUGGUCAAGGCCCAGUCCUACCACCUUGGCAAAUCACACUAUCAUGUUUGGUCUGAAUUAAAAUAUAUAUACAUAUAUAUUUA